AUGUCCAGAUCUAAGGUUUUUUUGGAUAUUUCGAUUGGCGGCGUCGCCAAAGGGCGCAUGGUUUUUGAGCUGUUCAACGAUGUGGUCCCCAAAACAGCAGAGAACUUCUACAAGUUGUGCGAAGGUCAGUCUGGAUUCUGCAAAAGCAGACCAGAUGUGCCAUUGGGCUAUAAAGGCUCUCUAUUCCAUCGUGUGAUCAAGGGAUUCAUGCUGCAGUUCGGCGAUUUCACCAACUUCAACGGUACUGGUGGUGAGUCCAUUUACGGUGAAAAGUUCGAGGACGAAAAUUUCACGCUCAAGCACGACCGCCCAUUCCUAUUGUCGAUGGCAAAUGCUGGGCCCAACACCAACGGCUCCCAAGCGUUUCUCACCUGCGUUCCUACCCCUCAUUUGGACGGCAAACAUGUUGUUUUUGGCGAGCUGAUCCAAGGAAAAAGAAUUGCGCGCACCAUCGAACACUUGGCAACGGAUUCUGGCGACAAGCCCGAGGAUGAGGUGAAAAUCGAGGACUGUGGGGUUUUACCUUCCUCUUACACAGUGCCGGCAGACGCAGAGCAGACGCCAACCGACGAGUUCGGUGAUAACUACGAGGAAACGUUGGCCGACGACUCGAAAGUCGACGUUACCAAUGUCGAGUCGGUUUUGGCGGCCGUAAGUGCAGUGAAAGACAUCGGAACUAAGCUCUUCAAAGCACAAGACUACAAAAACGCAUUGGCAAAGUAUCAAAAGUCGUCCUCCAUGCUCAAACAAUACUUUCCCGACGAUCUGGCCCCAGCACAGGUGCAAGCCGUCGACCAGCUACGGGUGUCGGUGCUUCUGAAUGUUGCCCUGUGUGCUUUGAAAUGUGGCGAUUACCAGAAAGUUCUGACUGCGACUACCGAGGUGGUUCACGAUGCCAGCGCCGAUGACAAAAGCAAGGCUAAGGCACUAUACCGUCGUGGUCUAGCCUACUACAAUCUAAAGGAUGCAGACAUGGCUCUGACAGAUCUUGAAUUCGCAACUACUUACCAGCAAAACGACGGUGCUAUUAUCAAGGCCAUGGCAGAUGCCAAAAAAUUGAAAAAAGAACAGGUGGCGAAACAGAAAAAGGCUCUAUCCAAGAUGUUCUCUUGA